CUCCCCAUACUUUCCUUUAUUUGUUUGUCUUAAACUUUUAAUUAUUUAAUUAUAUAUACAUAUAUAUAUAUAUAUAUUCACUUCAUAGACCCUUUCUCACCCUCCACUUCAAUGUGCCAAAAACAUAAAAAAACAAGAACACAAGAGAGUGAAAAUGAAGGAAUUUGAUCUCCAAGAACUUGAAGUAGCGACGGAUGGAUUCUCUCCGUCGCGAAUAGUCGGAAAAGGAAGCCACGGCAGCGUGUACAGAGGCAUCCUCAAAGACGGCAACCACGUCGCCAUCAAGAAGCAAUCCUUAGGCCUCCAAAAGCUUGGAGACAACACGAAGCUGGAGAACGAAGCACGUAUCUUAUCGUCGCUUCAUCCCCAUCCAUGCCUCAUCAACUUGCUUGGCAUUAGCUACGACUCUUUUGGCAACAAAAUUCUUGUCACGGAAUACAUGCCUAACGGUACGUUGCAUGAAAUCCUCCACCUCUCGGCCAUGCCUCUGUCGUGGCCAAAACGUGUGGAAUUCGCCAUCCAUAUUGCUAAGGGGGUUGGUUUCAUCCAUGAAUCCGACCCCUCCAUCGUGCACCGGGAUAUCAAAUCAGCCAACGUGUUGGUUGACAAGAAUUGGAAGGCAAAGGUAGCCGAUUUUGGGUUGGCCAUCCGUGAAGACGAGUUAAAUGUACCUGCGGGUACAAUAGGGUACCUAGACCCUGGUUACACCACGCCUUGCAAGUUGAGCACCAAAACCGAUGUUUUUAGCUACGGAGUGUUGUUGCUGGAGCUAAUAUCCAGCCGAAAAGUGAUUGACGUAGUUGAAUCGCCGGCCUCGAUCGUGGAGUGGGCUGUCCCGUUGAUCCAAAAGGGACGGAUGAUGGAAGUUGUGGACAAAAGAGUUGUUUUGCCACAGUACACGCGACGCAGCAUCAAGCAAUUGCUACGGAUGGCAGCGCGUUGCCUGUCACCAACGGAGGCUCUCCGUCCUUGCAUGCCUCAAAUCCUUGCCAUUUUAGAGAGUUCAAUCCUCAGCCCAGUUCCACGCCCUCUGUCCAUCAAUCUUAUCCCUGAAAUCAUUCUUAAGAUAUUGAAAAGCAAAAAGAUGAGAAUCAGUGGCACGUGUGAAGACCAUGAUAUCAGAAGUAAGAAAAUGUCCAAACACACAUUGCCAGUCAGGGAAAUCUUGAUUGAUCUUACGUUGAAAUGACAUGUUUUUUCUUUCUUCUUUUUUACUGCAUAGUAUCAUCACUCGACUCCACUCAAGAAUGAAUAACAACUAUUUUAUUUAUAAAAUAAUGAAAUGGAAGAAGAAAAGGUGGUGGGCUCCUGCUGUCCAAACACAAGAUUCCCAAAAAAGCAGGUGGAGAGUGGGUAUAUAUAUAUAUGUAACACGCUUUUCUUUUUAUAUUUGGAGUCUCAUUCUGCAUU